AUGAUGAAGCUCUGUGACUUCUCGGGCCAUGCCACUGCCGCACCACGUCGCACCACCUGGCAGCAGAACGGCCAGACUCUCUGGACCCCACAGGCUUCACAUGAGCAAAGGCGGCGACUGUGGCACUUGCAGUGGUGGGGAGAGAUAGCUGUCCUGCCACUUUGUGGUAAGAAGGACCGGGCAGGGCCACGAGCAGCGCGUGUCCGGCAGCUUGGCCUUGUCUCCAGCAGACCUGAAUCCUGCCAUGCCGCAGAAAUUGUAGAGUUCCUGGUGGACGCAGAUAUUCACAGUAUCAGUACCAUCAAGUGCGGGAUAAGCAAGUUGCAGGAGGUGGGCUGGACCGUGAGAACAAGCGUCUUUGCACCGCCUGGACGCGAUGCCAGCAGUGGCAGCGUUUUUUUCGCGAGCCCGGCAUCGUUUUUAAGCCAGUGCCUCGAUGCAAAGGUGGGAAGGGAGAGGCCAAUGAUGAUAUCAUUGUGA